AUGAGUAAUUUAAGUAUUAUACAAGGUGACUUAAAUGAAUUAAAGGCAUUGAAGACACAAUGCAAAAGAGAUGGCGUUAAAAUGAUUUUGAGUAAUCAAAUCAGGUUAUUGGAGGAAAAGCAAAGAAACAUGUGUAUUUCUGAUGCGGGAAGGAAGAAUGUGGAAUGCAACAAUGUGAAUAUUAACAAUGCACCUGAAAACAUUGCAAAAAAAUCUAAUGAGAACCUUCCACUAGAGGCCUAUACUUCAAUCACAAAAUAUAGCUGGGACCAAUCUGAUAAAAAUGUUAAGAUAUAUAUUGAUUUAGUUGGAGUUCAAAACAAACCUGAGUGUAUUGACGUGAAGUAUGGAAGCGACAAUGUUGAAAUGUACAUCAAGAAUUUGGACAACAAGUUCUACUCAUUUACAGUUAAGUUACAUGAUAGCAUUUCUACUGAAGAGUGUUCCCAUAAAGUUAAGAAAGAUAUGAUUGUCAUAACUCUUAAGAAAACUAAUACUUCAAGUAGGUGGCCAAGACUUUCUUAUAAAGAUAGUCCUCUUAAAAAAUCUUCUGCCAGCCCAGAUGUAGGUGCAGGUAUGGGUAACUUUGGUGAUAUGGGUGGAGCAGGGAUGAAAGACCCUAUGGCUGGGAUUCAAGAUCUUAUGAAAAAAAUGUACGAGGAGGGAGAUGAUGAAAUGAAGAGAACCAUUGCUAAGGCUUGGACUGAGGCACAGAGUAAGAAUUUGAAAAUGCCUUAA